UUCACUAUUUACAAUUUACAUAAAAAGAAAAUAUACUAAGUUUAAGGCCAAAACAAUAGCAUCAUGAUCAAACCAUUGGAAGCCUGUGUCAUAAUUGCAAUGCUUUUGCAUUUAUUCAUAUGUCCCUAUACUAAAGUUGAAGAAAGUUUUAACAUGCAAGCGAUUCAUGACGUGAUCAACUAUGGUUUUGAAAUAGAAAAGUAUGACCACUUGGAGUUUCCAGGUGUUGUCCCUCGUAGUUUCCUGGGUCCCUUGGUUGUUGCAGCUCUCUCUUCACCAUUUGUACUCCUAACUAACGUCACAGGAGCAAGUAAAGUUGCCCAACAAUAUAUAGCAAGAGGCACUAUUGGCUUGGCCACAGCUUUGUCAUUUAUUGUGUUCUGCCGAGCAAUUGAUUCAGUUUUUGGAAGAAGCAUAAAAAAUUGGCUGAUCCUCAUCACAAUGACUCAGUUUCACUUCAUGUUUUAUAUAUCCAGGCCAUUGCCAAAUGUGUUUGCUUUAAUCUUUGCUCUGUUGGCCCUGGCUAGCUGGGUGCACCAAAAACAUAAAACUUUUAUCUGGCUGUCGGGGGCUUCUAUUAUAAUUUUCCGCUUUGACCUGGUGAUGUUCCUGGGACUGAUCCUGUUGAAUGAGCUGUUGGUUGGUCGCAUUGGAGUGAUCAAAUGUAUUGUCAACGCUGUUUUUGCUGGUGUUUGUUUACUGGGUCUUACAGUAACAGUGGAUUCCUAUUUUUGGCAGAGAUGGUUAUGGCCUGAAGGGGAAGUAAUGUGGUUCAAUGUUAUCCUCAACAAAAGUUCAGAAUGGGGUACUUCGCCCUUCUUAUGGUAUUUCUACUCAGUCCUCCCUCGAGCCCUCUCGGCAACACUUCUCCUAGUUCCUGUAGGCAUUUACCUGAUGCGCCACGUCACAAUACUCCUGUGGCCAGCGUUUGGUUACAUUUUGCUCUUCUCCUUCCUGCCACACAAGGAACUUCGCUUCAUCAUCUACACAUUCCCAAUCUUCAACACAGUGGCUGCAUGCGCCAUAUCCACCAUCUGGCAUAAUAAAAACAAAACAAUCACAAGGAAGCUGGUUGCCAUGGGAGCAAUGGGUCUUCUGGUAGGAAACAUGGUAAUGACCUCUGGCUUCUUGUACAUCUCACACCACAACUACCCUGGGGGGCAGGCGAUGAAAAUUUUACAUGAACUAGAAAAAGAUACCACAGAUGUACAUGUACACAUAGAUGUGUACACAGCACAGACUGGGGUCACAAGAUUUACCCAGCUUAGACCAGACUGGAUCUACAAUAAAACAGAAGACCUGCCCGCUGGUGGUGGCGACAUGAUGAAGUACACCCACCUUUUCAUUGGCACGCCAGACAACAACAAAAAACCACUGGCCCCAUACUCAGAAACACACACUGUGAUUGCCCAGGUCCAAGCUUACGACAGACUAUUUUUGGACAAGUCGUCGUUUCCCCCGUCAUUCCGUAUUUUACUGACUGAGAAGAUCUACAUCUUGAAAAGGAAUGCCCCAGCUGCUUAAGACUUGGUUCAACUGUUUAAUAUAGGGCUGUGGAGUUGGAUGAUCUGACCUUGGACCAAAUGUUGGGUUAAUAAAUGUAACUAAGAUGGACUUGUAGAAUUGAAGAUUAGUAUUCUAACACUGCAGUUAUCUUAGCAAAUUUAAAAACAUAAGCUAAUGAAAAUAGUUAUUUGUCUAUGUUUUCACACUUUAGUGUUAUAUAUGAUUGAAUUUUUAAAUGUUUGGGAAAAACCUAGAUCUCUUCUAAGCAAGUUUGUAAUAUUUCUUCUUCUAGACAUCAACAAAAGCUUUGUUCUACUAGAUUAAAUAGCCUGGUUCAAGUUUUAUAAUUAAAGCUGGUUUACUUGGUUAAUUAAUGAAUUGAUUACAGAAAUCUCCUUAUCAGUCUAAGAGCUUCCAACUCCACAGCAUUGGUUGUUUGUUACUAGAUGUAACAUUCUACAGUUGGUUUGUUACGAAGCAUAACAUAUUAUAUCUACAGUUGGUUUGUUACUAACCGUAACAUUCUAAAUCUACAGUAUUCAUAUCAAAAUUAGGGUAAACAUUGUUCUUCCAUUUUCUCAGUGCUCAGCUCAGCCUAGGUAUUAUACUGCCACGUAGAUUUUAUCUUAUAUUCAUUACUUCAUCUAACUUGUUACUUCCCCUUUCUCUCCUGGGUACAACCCCUUGACUAGAUUUGUUACUGCUAAAGUUUGGAUACUCAGUUAAAUUUUUAUACUGCUACUGCCACACUAUACUGCUGUCUACAGCAUUGCUUUCUAUUCAUACAAUUUUUGUGUCAUUAAAUAGAUUAAGUGUUGUUGAGCUUUUUAUUACAAUCUAGAAGUAACUUUCAUUUUAAACUUUUAAAAACUCUAACUGGACUUUAUUGUUGAGCAUGUAGUUCAUGUCAUUGUUUUUUUUCUUUCAAGAAUUUAAAGAAUGUUACAGUGAUUUAUGUUUUAGUUAGAAAAUUGUCCUGGCUAAAUACCAUUUUAAUACCAUCAAUUGAUCUUCACACAUUAGGCCUAUAUCAAUUUUCACUAUAAUUAUACCAGCAACUAAAAUGUGUACAUAACGCAUUACAUUGACAUCAUUAGUUUUCAGUACAUCAUCACAUGACCACAGCUACAGAUGAUUCAAUUGUUUUUAAAAGGACAGACAAAAUAUUUAUGACUCAGAGCUUCAUUAAGAUAAUUAAUUAGGUUAUUAAAAACUAGGGGACUGUCUUAAUUAAAAGAUGAGCUACAACAUCAUCAACUGUCCUCCUUAAACAAAAUUUUUGUAUCUUAACACAACACUUGUAUCUUAACACAACACUUGUAUCUUAACACAACACUGGUAUCUUAACACAACACUUGUAUCUUAACACAACACUUGUAUCUUAACACAACACUUGUAUCUUAACACAACCGGCCUAUCUAAACACAUACACAUACUCAUACAAUAUUUCAAUCUAACUAAACACAACUGGCCUACCAAACACACACACAACACUUCCAUCUUAACAUCUUGAUCCCAUCUGACUGCAAAUGAACGCAUCAAUUUCACUAGUGAUGACCCAUUCACCAAAAUCCACACACAAGCCCAUGUAAGAGUUUUAUUUACCCAUGACACUUGAACCCAACAUUGCCAAUAUGUUUACCAUCCCAUUCCAACCAGUUCUAACUGUUGAGCCUAGUGUUUUUUGUCUAUCUUAAACACUUUUUAUUUCCUUGUUGACAAAAUUCUUCCUUUACUUAUACAGUUGUUGUAUUCUUCCAUGUAACUUACCUCUGUGGGCCGUAGUGAACUCAGGCAAGAUCUAGUCUUUUUUUAUGCGUACUUCAAAUAUUCAACCAUAUCUUGCAAAUCUAGAAUUUUUAGAAGUAUAAUUCUGAUAUUCAAUUAUAUUUUGAAAAUUUAGGGUUUAAAUAUUUUAAAAAUAUUUUAACUAUAUCUGGUUAGAUAAUUGUAUUUUGCUUUUUCAAAGCUUCAUUACUGUGGAUUCUAAUUGUUGAUAGAUCAAUGUGCAUUUGAAUGUCAUUUGUAUUGUAAAAUUUUUAUUUAUUAAAUGCAGGUUGUGUACAA